AUGACUGAUAUUCAUAUUAAAAAGCUUACUUUAAAGUUCAAUAGCACUACUACGGUCUGCAAGUUUCCUAUUCCGAAGAAUGAGCAAAAAUUGGCCUUCUGUAACUACGAUUCAACAUACUUGAACGACAAACAAAGCAUAAUCAAUACCCUAAUUGGCGAUGAUUGCAUUAUCCAUAGCUACCCGCACGCCUUCAUAAAUAAUAUCCUCACCGGAUCGGCUUACAGUGUCUCAAUUAGCUACGUGAUCAACUGUAUCGAUGAUUUGCACACAUUAGUUAAGAUACUAGCAUCAAUAGAAGGUGGUAUUCUUGACUCUAGGUUUUCUCUAGAAAUCUUCUCCAAUUCUUCUGUCUUCAAGCAGUACAUUAUUGCAUAUGCCGCAAAAAGCUUACAAAAUUGCAAAAUCUAUAUACAUUAG